AUGACAAGCUUUUUGCAAGCCACGAGCUGGCCAGCAUUGGCUGCAUUGGCGGCUGGAGCUUUCAUACUAUACCACAUAGCAACAGCAAUCUCUACAUGGAGACGACUGGCUUCGAUACCAGCACCGUCAUGGACUGCGCAUAUCUCCAAUCUGUGGGUUGCCGCAGUCACUUACUCGGGACGGCAAUACUCGGUUCAUCGAGACCUUCACAGGAAAUAUGGACCCCUGGUGCGAGUUGGACCCAACAGUGUUGUAACGAACGACCCCAACGUCAUCAGAAGGAUCACCGGAGUAAAAGAGGGCUGGCAUCGGGACUCGUACUACAAAGCUGGCAAAUUCAAUCCAUAUCAUGACAACCUGUUCAGCCGUCUGAGCCCAAAGGAACAUACGUGGGCAAAGUCGCGCACCAUAGCUGCUUACAGCGGUCGUGAGACACCGGACCUGGAAAUUGGAGUCAAUGAGUUGGUCGAAACGUUACUGGAAAGGAUCGAGAAUGGGUAUGCGAAUCAUGUCGACAGCUUGCCAACCCUUCCACUCAUGAACCUUGGCAAGAUCAGCAACUAUUUCACCAUCGAUGUGAUAACAAGACUAGCAUUCGGGGAAGCUUUUGGCUACCUCAGCGAGGAGAAAGAUCACUUCAACUUCCUCGCAGGCCUCCAUGACCUCUGGCCGCAAAUGUCUAGCUGCGCGGAUCUGCCCAUCUUGCGGAAGAUCUUGUUCUCCCCAACCUUUCUGGCGUUACUAGGACCGAAGCCCACGGACAAGAUGGGAUUUGGGGCCCUCAUGAAACCUGCCAACGAUCACGUUGCGAAGCGGUUUGCGCAUGACGCCAAGGCUAAACAGGACAUGCUCGGUUCCAUGAUCAAACACGGUCUCAACCAAAUCGAGUGCGAAACAGAAGGCCUCUUCAUGAUCAUCGCCGGCACAGAAAGUACAGCAGCCGCGAUCCGCUCUGCCAUUAUCCACACCAUCUCAUCUCCUCGAGUCUACUCCAAGCUCAAGCAAGAGAUCACCACCGCCGUCCGCGAAGGCCAAGUCUCAGACGCAAUCACGUUCCAAGAAGCAAAAGCUCUCCCAUACCUCCAGGCAGUCAUCUACGAAAGUGUCCGCAUGCGUCCGCCGCUCAUUGGCUUCUUUCCCAAAGUGGUCCCUCCCGAGGGAGAGACCAUUCUCGGCUAA